CAUUUUGAGUCAUAUAUCCACAAGUGUUCACUUUGUGUGGUCUAUUUUUCCGAUAUGGCAGCGACGGCAACGAUAACCAAAGUGUCGGCAAUUUCCUCCUCAACGUCAGAUCUCCGGCGGCCAAACCCUACAGGGAGAGCGAUUAUAGGUUCCAAGAGAAGCACCGUUGGAGUUGGAGUCAGCAGCAUACCCUUGCCUACGACGUCGUUUAUUCGGUUGACCUCUGUUCGAGCUUCGAAACCCCAAAAGGAGGAAAUAAAUUCGAACGCAGAUGAUACUGAUCGUGCCUUCAUAUUAUCACAGGAGGAUUGGAAGUACUUGGUGCAACUAGGAGGUGGUUCGGUGGUGGGUGGGGCUGCAAUAAAGUAUGGAAGCGUUCUUUUUCCCCAGAUAACGAAACCAAAUAUAUUCAUAGCUCUGAUUAUGAUUUCUGCUCCAGUUGUUGUAGCUGUUUGGCUUUUGAUCAAGCAAAGUCAUUUAGAUUCAAAGGCCUAAUUUGUUGGAUUGGAUACUCUUUUGAGGAUGUGAAGCAAAUACCAGGGGACUUCCGGACUGCCCAUUCUCCCUCUCUCUUUCAACAAUCGUUCAUCCUGUCAAGUUUUAUUUUGGUUUAUGCUUUUGAUAUGGUUGAUUUGGGUUUUCAUCUGAGUAUCAAACUCCUUUCAAAUAAGACUAAGAAGUCACUGAUUUAUAAUAUUUCCGAUGCUGCCUCAUAAAGAUUGGUUUCAAAUUCUGUUUCAU